GACCUCUCCCCUUCCUUAGCCAGAGACUUCCUUCAUCCCACAUUCCUUGAAGAGUGAGAAAGAACCCUGCCCCCAGGCUCCCAACUGGUGCCAAGGAAUUUAAAGCUGGCAAGUCCUCAACAAACUUGACUUUCCGUUCACAUAUGGACCGCUGGAAUUGUGAACAAAAGCUCUAGAUGUCUGUGGAUCCUCAAGAUGUCGGUCUUAUUCUUGGCCCUGGGCAUUGUGUUAUUUAUGUUCAGAAGUGUGUACUUGUAUCCAGAAUCCAGCAGCAACAAAGCACCACUCCCUCAGCCUAGUCUGGCUGCCGGAAUGCUGAAGCUUCUCCCUGAGGAACAUAUCAAGAACCUGUUUACCCACGAUGGAAUCUGGCUCUUCCCGAAAAACCAGUGCAAAUGCGAAGCCUUGAAACAUCAGGAAAGCUAUAACUUUGAGAAUGCCUAUGGCCAGACUGACCUCCCUGCGGUGAAAAUGAGGAGACAAGCUGAAUUUGAACACUUUCAGAGGAGAGAAGGGCUGCCUCGCCCACCGCCCCUGCUGGCUCAGGCCAACCUCCCCUUUGGAUACCCAGUCCACGGGGUGGAGGUGAUGCCCCUGCACACAAUUCCCAUCCCAGGUCUCCAGUUUGAAGGACCAGACGCUCCCAUCUAUAAGGUCACCCUGAAAGCUUCUCUGGGGACACUGAACACCCUCGCUGACACCCCAGACAAUGUGGUGCAGGGCAGAGGCCAGAAGCAGCUGACCAUUUUGACCGGUAGCCGGAAGGUUUUGAAUUUCAUCCUCCAGCACGUGACAUAUACCAGCACAGAGUACCAGCACCACAGGGUGGAUGUGGUGAGUCUGGAGUCCAACUCCUCAGUGGCCAAGUUUCCAGUGACCAUCCGCUUUCCUGUUAUGCCCAAGUUAUAUGACCCUGGACCAGAGAGGAAGCUCAGAAACCUGGUAUCCAUUGCCACCAAAACUUUCCUCCGUCCCCACAAGCUCAUGACCAUGCUCCAGAGCAUUCGUGAGUAUUACCCAGACUUGACCGUGAUUGUGGCUGAUGACAGCAAGGAGCCCCUGAAAAUUAAUGACAGCCAUGUGGAGUAUUACACUAUGCCCUACGGCAAGGGCUGGUUUGCUGGUAGGAACCUGGCCAUAUCUCAGGUCACCACCAAAUACGUUCUCUGGGUGGACGACGACUUUCUCUUCAGUGACAAGACCAAGAUUGAGGUGCUGGUGGAUGUCCUGGAGAAGACCGAACUGGAUGUGGUAGGUGGCAGUGUGCUUGGAAAUAUGUUCCAGUUUAAGCUGUUCCUGGAGCACAGUAAGAACGGGGACUGUCUCCAUCGGCGGACAGGAUUUUUCCGGCCCCUGGACGGCUUCCCCAACUGCGUGGUGACCAGCGGCGUUGUUAACUUCUUCCUGGCCCACACAGAGCGGCUCCAAAGAGUUGGCUUUGACCCCCGCCUGCAGCGAGUGGCUCACUCAGAGUUCUUUAUUGAUGGGCUCGGGAGCCUGCUCGUGGGGUCCUGCUCAGAUGUGAUUAUAGGUCACCAGCCCCAUUCUCCAGCGGAGGACCCAGACCUGGCAGCUCUGGAGAAGACCUACAACAUAUACCGGACCAACACCAAUAAUGAGAUCCAGUUCAAGCUAGCUCUCCACUACUUCAAGAACCGUCUCCAAUGUGCCACAUAAAGAUGCCUGGGCAUUGGCAAAGUGCUGUGUCAACCAGUUGCAAGUAUCUAAAACAGGAACUGGAGAAUGAGCUACGAAAAAUGUGAACUCCUGAUAAGAUGAAUAGGGCAGAUGGGUCUGGCUCAGUUGCUGUAGGUCAUUAGAAAUGGACCAAUCACAGAUUAGGGUAAUGGAGAUUGUAUUAAUAAUUAUUAUUAUUGAUCACCAUUUGUGAAUCACUUGUACACACCUGAUGCGAAGACCUGACUCAUUUGAAAAGACCCUAAUGUUGGGAAAGAUUGAAGGCAGGAGGAGAAGGGGACAACAGAGGAUGAGAUGGUUAGAUGGCAUCACCGACUCAAUGGACAUGAGUUUGGGUAAACUCCGGGAGUUGGUGAUGGACAGGGAGGCCUGGCGUGCUGCGGUUGAUGGGGUCACAAAGAGUCAGACAUGACUGAGUGACUGACCUGAACUGAACUGAACUGUGCAUAUAGUGGUGGUGGUGGUGGUUUAGGCACCAAGUCGUGUCCAACUCUUGUCUCACAUCAUCUCAUGCAAAAGAGCACAUGAUGGGCUGGUAUCCUUGAUCAAAAGGAUUGGUAUCCUUCUGGGUCCUUGAGGGUUAUUUGGUGGGUAUUACAUCACAGAUCAUCUCCAGCAUCAACUAUCAUCCACAAAUUUUUAUUUGGUCCUACUUUGUGGACUCAAAUAAUGUGAAUAACCCAGAGUCCUUAACCUUGAGGAAGUGGCAGCCUGGUUCAGUUCAUUCCAUUAGUAGCAUUCAGCAGCCAGGCUCAGAGGAUCAGAGGAGAGAGAGCUCACAAGGGCAGGUGAGGAGGGCUCUGUGGAGUCAGCUUACCUGGAGUCCAGCACAUGGAUGGGAUGUAGGAAGGUGGAGGGUAGAAAUCACUGGGGUAGUCCACUCACUGCUGGAAUAAAGCUUUUCCUGGCAUCAGAUGCGUACCAUAAAGACACACUCCAGAAUGCCUGGGAUUGAACUUGGAACUUGUGCUGAGUUACUUUGUAAGCGCAGUGGCCAAGCCACUAAAUUCCAGGGCCUUAAGAUCAGUUGCUUACUACUCAAGAUUGAUGUCAUCUGCAGAAUGGAGCCAUCAUGACGACACGGGUUUUCUCUGUUAUCUUGGGAGUCAGUGGAUUCUCCCACUGCUGCACUGCUUUUUUCUACUCUUUCCUACUGAAGACAGCCACGGUAGCUCAAAAUCUCUGAAAAAUGUGUGAGAUGUUAAUUCAUGAAAAAUGUUUUGGUAUUAUUAAAUUAUUAAAAAUAAUUUUUAAAAAUA